UGUAAACACCCUGUAGACGGGAAAGGAACGCCAGUGAACACAAAGCUAGCAACAGUGUGGCUACUAAGGGAUAGAGAGACUCUGCACCCGGUAAUUAACGCAUGGAAGCUGCAUGCCCUCGGGCUUAAACCAGGACAAAACACGACCGGAACACGCUGGUGGGAGGGGACUACUUAAAUGCAAAUAGUUAGUGGCCCGCAGGGCGAUGGAACCACUCCUCUGUCUCUUGUUGGUGUGGUUUUGCAUCUUAAUGGGACACAUCUUCGCCAACGCCCACCUCCUAGCCUAGCGGGACCUAGUGGGUUGUUAAUAGGAAAGCAACGCUGCCCGCCCCGGGGUCGCGUCCCUUCCGCGGAGCUUCUCUGCGCGGGGCCCAGCGUGACUGGCUCCGUCAUCUUUCUGUUCACUUACUCGUUUGAGGAUGUUUUUUCUUAACCCCCUUUUACACAAGUCUCACUUCAAAUGGUUAAACGUAGUGGAAUGCUGCCUAUGAACGUGGUAGGGAAAGGCAAAUGUCAAUCGAGCUAUAAUAUCAAAUGUGAAAUUGAGUUCAACAGACAUUUAGAAAAAGCCUGCGAAACAUUUUAAAAGUUUAAAUAGAGAAAGUUUAAAUAGAGAAAUGAAGAAACUGACGGGAAAUCCUCUUUACUAAACCUGCAUGAGACUGAAAAAUCACUUGGCCAAUCCCGUGUAGCGCGCGCUUUUUUCAAAAAGAUCAAAGGGAAGCCAGUUUCCGGCGUCAAAAUUUAAAAUUUUUAUUCCGCGAACAAGAUAUUUACAUGAAAUUCUGCGGAGCAAAGACAGAGAACAUUGUAAAGGAAAUGCGCACAGACCGAGCGACGAGAAAGGGUAGAAAACAGCCUCUGCUGAAAGGGUGGGUGGGAGGAGGAAGUUAAUUUCUGAUCCAAACGCCCGGAGGCCCCGAUCAAAAAGCCGACGCGGCUUCCAAUCACGUCACUGCGGGGCUUGAUGGGCAGGUGCCUCCUCCAAUCACAGUGGCACUUGCCUUAUAUAUACUGGUUGCGAGCCCGCGCUGCCAUUCCUACAGCAGUUCUCUGCUUCUUUGUGUUGGAAAUGGCUCGGACCAAGCAGACGGCGCGCAAGUCCACGGGCGGGAAGGCGCCCCGCAAACAGCUGGCCACCAAGGCCGCCGCAACCGGCACCGUGGCCCUGCGCGAGAUCCGCCGCUACCAGAAGUCCACGGAGCUGCUGAUCCGCAAGCUGCCCUUCCAGCGCCUGGUGCGCGAGAUCGCGCAGGACUUCAAGACCGACCUGCGCUUCCAGAGCUCGGCCGUCAUGGCGCUGCAGGAGGCGUGCGAGGCCUACCUGGUGGGGCUGUUCGAGGACACCAACCUGUGCGCCAUCCACGCCAAGCGCGUCACCAUCAUGCCCAAGGACAUCCAGCUGGCGCGCCGCAUCCGCGGCGAGAGGGCGUGAGCUCCGUCCUACCCACUUGCACCGAAACCCAAAGGCUCUUUUCAGAGCCACUACCGUCCUCACUGACAGUGGCUGUUGCACUCCUAGUUUACGCGUUAAAAACGCAAGCCCAGCGCACAAUUUAUGGAAAUGGCGUCCUCUCCAGAACUAUGGGUAUCAUUUUCCUCAGCCAAUUGGGUGACAAGAUUGGUAAGGCCUCACGUUCAGUGUUUACAUGAUAGUAGCUAUUUAGGGAAACAAGUUGCUUAACCAACUGUUGCCUUUGUCAAAGCCAACUAUGUAUCCGCAAAGAUAAAGUCACCGCUUGAACCCUUGUUAUCCGCCGAGGAAAGAGGUAAAGUGAAGGAACCUGUCCACAGGGAAGGAAUUCAGCCCAUCCCGUAACAAGGGCUUCAGCGCAUAGAUUUUGGCACCUCCCUUACCCACUUCUGAUAGUCACAAAUAUGCUCAUUACGUCUGGUAGUCGAACCUGGAAAUACCUCUUCACGGUCUGGACAGGCGAUCUGUGCUCCCUCUCUAGCUCUAGAAGUUUCUCUUCCAAAGGCCCUCAACUAUUGGAGGAUAAGGCCAUGCAGGUUCCUUUCAACAAAUCUGGGAAGAAAAGGAGAAGAUGGGAUUCAGCCUCCAAUGGCUGUAGGAAAACAAAGUUGAAUUAGGGUUAUUCUGGUUUUCACUUGCCUAAGUGGCCUAAAAGAGGGUUUGUAGGAAUGACAGUUCUGUGUUAGAAACUUUGAGUGUAGUAGUUUAUUAUUCACUUUGAAGGAAAAAAAUCUUAUUUUAAAAAUGGACACAGCUGAGUGGCUAGCCAUUAUACGAAUAAUUUUUAAAGGUCACUUGUAAUCAGAUAAUGCAAAUUAAAACAACAAUGCAUAACACCCAGCAGAUUAUCAAAAUCAGAAGUUAGGUUUGCCAAGCAGGUGAGGUGCAGAAACUUACUUUUAUGUGGUGGUUUACUGAUGGUGGUCUACACAGACAUUUAAAGAACCAUCUAAUUUAGUAAAACUGGGUGUACCCAGGCCUGUGCCCCAAGGAAAUUCUCCUACAGAAUCAUAAGAAUAUUCAUCAGAAUGUUGUUUGUGAUAGCAAAAAGGUAUAGAUAAUUUAAGGCAAUGAAUAAAUAAAUA